ACCACUAGCAAAUCAUCCACCAAUGUAUUCAUAUAUGUUUUACGACAGAAUUGCCACUGACCUUUGAACUUCCUCACACCUCACACACCAGCCAAAGUCCGCUUUUAUGUCCUCAUCUCUGUCAGUCUCUUCCAACAUGGAGCUGAUCUCAGACAAGCUUUCCAAAUACAAAAGCUUUAAUUUUGUCAAUGGUCGUACAACAAAGGAAUACAUCGAUGCCCUGCAGGAGUUUGAGGUGCGCGACAGCGAUGUCUACCUGGUGACGUACCCCAAGUCUGGCACGAUUUGGACUCAACAGAUUGUAAUAUCCAUCCACCAGUUAGAUGGCGGCCUGGCAGAAUAUCCUAACAACUUUGAGACCAUGCCAUGGCUGGAGUACCUGGAGGGACGAGAACCGUACCACCUCCGUCCAUCACCCAGGCUCUUCAGCUCUCACCUGACGCCAGCUCUCAUGCCACCAGGGCUGAAGGAGAAGAAGGCAAAGGUCAUUUACGUGAUGCGAAACCCCAAAGACAACAUGGUUUCCUUCUUCCACUUCAGCCAGAUGUUGGAGGUGUUGGACACUCCUGAGAGCUUUGCAGAGUUUUUCGAAGACUACAUGAAGGGAAAUGUUUUGUGCAAUUCCUGGUUCGACCACGUCAAAGUUUGGCAUGAGAUGAAGAACAACUACAACAUCUUGUUCUUGACCUACGAGGACAUGAUCCAGGAUUUGGAGGCAGCUGUGAGGAAAAUCUGUCAAUUUUUGGGGAAGAACCUGAGCGAUGCCCAGAUAAACCAAGUGGUGGAACAGUCUACAUUUAAAAACAUGAAGAAGGACGACAAAGCAAACUACACUUUCUUUCCCAAAGACAAAAUGAAAGGAGACUUCAUGCGCAAAGGUAAAGUGAAUGACUGGAAACACACUCUGACUGUCGCCCAAAGUGAGCAAGUUGAUCAAAUGCUUCUGGAGAGACUUGGAGAUCUGUCGCUGAAGUUCAUCAGCAAGUGA